UAGAUAGUUGCCGUCGCGGGUGGGUUAUGGUACGAAUCGUCGAAAGGCUGCAAGGCCUGGUAUGAAGGUCGGCUAUAUCUAUUAGGAAACUCAACCAUUUCUGUCUCUCUGCCUCUCUCUCUCUAUCAUAAUAUUUUAUGUGGCUUGGACUGGUGUACGCAAACGGAGACUGGCCGCCGUCAACGCGGGGGUUUGAGGCAUGGCUUGAUAUGCGUAGGCCGGUGGGGAGGAUUCGAACGGACACUGGUCGACUGGUGUGGCGCACUACACGCGAUCUAAAACAUGUCUAUUAUCACGUUACUCCCCUGUCUCACAUGGCACCGACUUGGAAAACACCCUCGAAAUCUUCGAGAGCUUCGUUCAUUACCAAUCAUUGGUAAUCAAUCAAUAUUGUGGUCGCCUACGCUGAGCAUAGUUACUAUAAAGUCAUGUCACUCGUUCGCUUCACAUCAUCAUUCCACGACAAUCACGUCUGCUGGCAGGUGCUGAUAGCAAAAUUGGAGAGAGAGGAAGAUAGCGGUUAAUUUUUCCUGAAUUUUGGAUGUACUUUGACUCACAAUCUGUGCAUUAGGGUAUUCACUGUUUGACUCCGUUGUGGUGCUGUCAUUGUGUGAAUUUCCGAAGUGAUAUUGGCCUUGAGUCCUGUUGGCUAGCCUGCACACCAUAUCACACGUGAGGUGUUAUUUGGAAACGUUUGAAGUCAGCCGACCAACCAAGCAUUAAAGCUCUUCCCCCCCUUCGUCCUUCUCUGAAACACAAGGACAGGUGUGUACUUGGAGACGAGAGAGUAUGCGUCAGGUGAAACAAACGCUCGGGUGGGGAGGUGUAUUCCGGGCUUUCUUCACCCUCAUGGUGGUCCCAAACUUUGCCAAUGGGUUGCCGCUAAACCCUAGCAACUCCAAAACUUUUAGUAAGUCAACCCAGACAACAGGAAGAAGGAACGAUGGGGAUGUAUCAACAGUCGUCGAUACUUUGGGAAAGAACUUUACAGUGCACGAUGAAACAGUUUUGAGAGGCUUGGAGAAAUCGAUGGCGAAUCGCGAUGUCAAGGAGGGGAAUUUUUCUAAAGGGAUUAAAUCCAGGACAUGGUCGUUGGGCAAGGAGGAGAGCCCUGUAACGCAUGGAUUACGGAGUCAAUCUCUGAAAAGACCUACCAAUGAUUUAAUGAGGAGACAAAGAAGGACGUUAUUCUCUCUAAUAAACACGGGGUCGAUCUCACCGUCACAAGUUAAAGCACCCAUGACACAGAGAACUACUGCGAACGUUAAAAAAAAUUUACCUCAAAGAAGAAGAAGUAGGACCGCUCUCUGGUCAGGACGGCGGAUGGAAGAUGAACAUAUUAUCAGUGCUAACAUUUUAAAUAAUUCAAUCACAACUUAUCAGGGAUUAAAUGUAUCAUCGCCUUUAUCAUUAACCAUUAAUGAAUCAAACAGUUCAGGCGAAGUUAAUUCGUCAUCACAAUCAUUGUGGUCAUCGUCGUGGUCAUCAUCAUCAUCGUCAUCAUAUCUGGAAGACGAUGUCCAUGUGAAUAGAACAAACGAUGUACCUAACACCCAUGACAAUCCUAGGUUACAUAAGAACAGAUUACGUGGUUUUAAUAUCAGCAACCUGUUGCGCAUCAGGAAAUGCCAUGAGAAUCUUACGGAUUCGGCGCAGGGGGGUAACGACACGUCUUUAAGGAGCCGGAGGAGGAGAGGGUUGGAGUCAGAAGGGUGCCAAGUCCUUCAUGUCUUUCACGGCUACAUCAUGGUGGAUCCCAGCGGUCUGGUCACAACAACGUGGGAUGGUGAUGAUAUAUAUACUAGGUUAUACAUCUUUUCGAUAGGACCGGGGUACUCGCGGAUAAAAGGCAUAGCAGCCGACAGAUAUAUACAUAUGGACGAAGCUGGCUCCGUUCACGGAAUCCCAUCAUCACAAAUCCCGGAGCCGUACAAUGUAUCAAAUAGCUUGGGUGCUUGGUACGAGGCUCCGGGCAUGUGUCAAGGGUCAUCGUGGAUCCAAUGGUAUAGGAAAGGAGGCGCGCGAAAAGAGCUGAAAUGGUAUCUCGCCUUUAAUCGACAAGGGCGUGUGAUGCGUACACAACGCACACACGCAAACAUGUGUAACGCAAGCUUCAUGAAAACCAUGUCAACGGGCACGUCAUGUAAUCCUAAUGACGGCGGCUACACAAAUAAUUGACGAGGACGGCGAUGACGACGAUGAUCGAGAUGAAAAGGACGAGGAUGGAGCGGAGGAAAACGUUUCCAAAAUCAUAGAGGAGUAUGCUUGUUAGACUUGAGACAAUUUUAACGAGGAAUCCAUUAAUUGCGCUCAUCAAAGAGAGAGGAAAGCUAACAACCAUAACGACAUCGCAGAGGUUAUGCAAGCAGUGAAAUGACGACAUCGCUGAUGUCGAUUCUGAUGACGUCGAAGAGGAAGAUGAUUAUAGAUACUGCGGAGACUGGGCUUUCAAUUUGGUUGAACAACAUGCCAUCAAGAAAGAACAAUAACUUUGCUAAGAUGAUGAUGAUUAAUAUAAGUUACGAGUUUGAAAACAAGGAGGGCAAAUUACAAGGUUCCCAAAUGGGGAUCGGAGGAGAGG